AUUGCCUAUUCAUAUAAGUUUAAACCUGUUCAUAUCACACACGAUACUGCAGUUAAUAAACAAAGUUGAAAAUUGUAUAAAAGAGAACGUUUCGCGCCGAAAUGUAUCAUUCAGGAAUCAUCUUUCCAGAAUAUCACCAACUGCAAAAAUGAAAUUCCUUGCUUUAGCUCUCGCCCUUCUCGGUGCGGCUUCCGCCUCUUACGUUGCCCCAGUCGGAGGUUACAGUUCAUGGGGACAUGCCGCCACUGUUGCUCCAUUCGCUGCUGGUGGUUGGGGACAUGCCGUUACCCCAGUUGCUAGUGGUUACCAUGCUGCCCCAUAUGCUGCUGCUGCCUACCAUGCUCCUGUGACUGCUGCCCCAUAUGCUGCUGCUGCCUACCACGCUCCUGUGACUGCUGCCCCAUAUGCUGCUGCUGCCUACCAUGCUCCAGUAACUGCCGCCCCAUAUGCUGCUGCUGCCUACCAUGCCCCAGCUGUAACUUCCGCCCCAAUUGCUUACCAAGCUCCAGUUGUAACUGCUGCCCCAUAUGCUGCUGGUGCCUACCACGCUGCCGCCCCAUAUGCUGCUGCUGCCUACCAUGCUCCAGUAAAUGCUGCCCCUUAUGCUGCUGCCUACCAUGCUCCAGCAGUGACUGCUGCCCCAAUUGUCAGUGCCUACCAGGCUCCUGCUGUGACCGCUGCCCCAAUUGUUAGUGCCUACAGUGCUGCUCCAGUUGCCUAUGGACAUGGAUACGCCGCUCCAGCCGUCGCUGCCUAUGGACACGGAUAUGCUGGUUACGGUCACGCAUAUGCCGCUCCAGCUUGGGGAUAUGGUGGUUUGUGGAAGAAGAAGAAGGCUGCUGCUGCUUAAGUUGUGAUUGAUCUGGUUAAUGAAAUAAAAUAAGUACCAUAUAAAUCCACAGAUUUGUA